ACACCCUGAUUUUCUUGUUCCUUGUCAGUCGCUGCUCAGCCCCACGAGUGAAAGAUUUAACAAUAUUGUCUGGGUUGAGUAGUUUUACAUCAAAUCCGCUUCUUGGUGUGAGAGGAGAGGAGCCUUCAGUCUGACUGCGCAUCAGAUAAGACAGAGGCUGUAUGUCUGGAACGUAACCAGAGCGCCAGUCCAGCUCUUAAUAUGGACCUCAGCACCAUCCUUGGGCUUCUCCUGCUGGCUUUGAACUCAGUACAAGUCACAUACGGAAAUGCUCUUCUCUAUCCAUAUGGCCCGGGACUUGAUACCAUCAACCCAAAAAGUGAUGAUGGUGGAUCAGGGCCAAUACAGCUCUCAAUGAAAAUCCCUGUUUUUGGAAUGGCCUUUUCAUCAUUGUAUGUUAGCAACAAUGGUCUGUUGUCGUUUAAUGCAUCAAUAGGAUCGUACGUUCCCAGUAAUGUCACCAGUUCAUUAGGGAACCCUUUCCUUGCCCCCUUUUGGGCCGACGUGUACAACAUAAAUCAAGGUGACAUUUAUUAUCGGGAAAGCACAAACACAACACUACUGUCCCAAGCUACAACUGACAUUAGGAGAUAUUUCCCUAAUAAGAACUUCUCUGCGAAAUGGGUCUUUGUGGCAACAUGGAAUAAUGUCAGUUAUUAUGGAUCUACUUCCAACAAGGGGGACACAUUUCAGGCUGUGCUUCCUACUGAUGGAAAUCUUACCUUUGUCAUGUUUAACUAUGGAGAAAUUGAGUGGACAACUGGCACUAGUGGUGGUGGAUCGAGUGCGACAGGACUUGGGGGUACAGCUGCUUUGGCUGGUCUUAACUGUGGUGGCACCAUGGCUUGCUAUGUGAUACCCGGGUCAUUGUCUCCUUCCAUUAUUAACAUCUCAUCCACAAGUAACGUUGGCUUUCCUGGGCGCUGGGCUUUCCAAGUGAAUGAUCUGACUCCUGGAUUUCCUAAUGUGAUUAUUGAAACCACAUCAGUGACAACAACCCCCAUGGAAACUACAACUACAAAAGAGACAACAACCCCUUUGAGGACCACAAAAGAAACCCCAGCAACAGCGACAUCAACCCCAAGGGUGGAAACAUCUACAAUGGCAGAGAACUCAACUGUAUUCACUAUGUCUACAUCAACCCCAGUGUUGGAGACUCUACACAAUAUAUUUACAACAGCAGAGACCACAACAACGCUAACAAGGACCCCAAUGGUGUUACAGACGUUACAAGUAACAUCAUCAACAGAAACCACAACUGUGCCGAUAACAAUCCCAACAUUGGGGACUACACAGGAAAUGUCAACAACAGAAACCACAACUGUGCCGAUAACAAUCCCAACAUUGGGGACUACACAGGAAAUGUCAACAACAGCAGAGACCAGAACCUCAACAGCCUCAACAUUGGAAGCUACACCAGAAACAUCUUUACCAACAGAGACUACAUCAGGCUUGAGAGCAAGUCCCCUGGUGCAAGAAACAUCUACAGCAGAAACCACAACUGUGCCGAUAACAAUCGCAACAUUGGGGACUACACAGGAAAUGUCAACAACAGAGACCAGAACCUCAACAGCCUCAACUUUGGAAGCUACACCAGAAACAUCUUCACCAACAGAAACUACAUCAAGCUUCAGAGCAAGUCCCCUGGUGCAAGAAACAUCUACAGCAGAAACCACAACUGUGCCAACAACAAUCCCAGCAUUGGGGACUACACAGGAAAUGUCAACAACAGCAGAGACCACAACAAAAGUGACAAGAGGCUCAACAUUGGAAGCUACACCAGAAACAUCUUCACCAGCAGAGACUACAUCAGGCUUGAGAGCAAGUCCCCUGGUGCAAGAAACAUCUACAGCAGCACUUUUAUAUUCAGCAGAGACUACAUCAGGCUUGAGAGCAAGUCCCCUGGUGCAAGAAACAUCUACAACAGAAACCAUAACUGUGCCGAUAACAAUCCCAACAUUGGGGACUACACAGGAAAUGUCAACAACAGAGGCUGCAUCAAUCUUGACAAGCCGACGGGUGGAAACUACGCGAGAAACAUCUAUAACAGCAGGCACUAGAGCAUUUUCAACCCCAGAUUUAACACUACCAGUGCUGGAGACUACACAACAAACAUCUAGAAUAGAUUUUGCAGAAAUGUCAACUGAAACUCCAGCACAGAGACCUGCACAAAAAGCUUAUUCCACAUUUACUCCUCCUUACUGAGGAAGGACCUUGUCGUGGUUCUGUUGCUCACAACUUGUGAAUACACUGCAACCAGGGAGAUACUUUGAUAGUCCUGGAAUAAUCGGUUAUAACAGAUAUAAAUCACACAACUCUAAAAUAGGAGCAGUCACUCCUAGAACCUUGUGAGGAUAAACAAAACCUCAAUGUAAUGAAGACGCACACCAGCAAAUGCCUUUAAUACAUUUAUUGCAGAAAGAUGUAGCACAAGCUUCAGGUAUUGCACCUGAAGAAGGGGAUAUUCCCCAAGAGCUUGUGCCACAUCUUUCUGCAAUAAAUGUAUUGAAGGAAUUUGCAGGUAUGCUUCUUCAUUACAUGGAGGUCUAUGGAUUGGAAGCAGCUGAGGAAUUGAAUGCACCCUAUGGAAGUAUGUGCCGAAGCAUCAAUUUUGGGGAUAACCAAAAAACAUAAUUAAAAAGAUAAGGAAGCAAGGUUUUAAAAAGUUUGUGAGAUUAGUAAUUACAAAGCUGUAUGGAUGAGAAUCAGUAAAUACUAUGGGGGAUCUCAGAGCAGACCUAACAUAAAUGUUAUCGCAGUGGAAUUAUCAAUGUAUUGUUUUUAUCUCUAAGUCAAUUGAUAUCUGUACAUUUUGAUUCUGUAACCAAGAGGUAAGGUUAGCUGGCAUUUUCCAUAGCAACUAUGUUCUCACCAACACUGGGCAUGACAUCUUUAACAAUGGCCUCCAGAAACCAUUGGGAAAGGCUUUAUGGGGAGGGAUAAGGCCUGAAUAACUGCUUUUGCUCAGAAGUUAUUAGUUAUUUAAACUUGAAUGAGUUAAACAACCCUUUAGGAUAAGGCAGCCUAUGGGACAAAAUCCAGGCUGACCAAUCUUUUGGAAACAAAAUUCUAUUGCGGGCUUUAAGAUCGCUGCGUUGUUUCAAGAGAAAGGUAACAUAAGCAUACAUUGCUUUGCAUGAUCUAUUUAUAUGGUUGCAGUGUAAUUCACAAGUUGUGCUAACGCUUCCUACAAUCCAGAUGCAAAAAUUAAAAAUAUGUCAACCGGGGAUGAAAUCUACCCUGGGUUUUUGCUGAGCUGUACCCUGUUUCCUACAGAACCUUUCAGCUCUCCAAUCCUUUACUGUACUUUGUUCUCACUGGUGAUGGGACUGGGUAGGUAUAAUUGGUGAUACCCGAGAUAUCACCCUAUCAGCAUUGUAGGAUAAUUCAGUCAAUAAAAACAUACACCUGCUUAACAACAGCCCAUUAACAGAGCAAUGUGUUCCUUAUGAACUGUACCUGUAUUGCAAUUCAUUGAGCAGCCCCCAACUACACUUUCAUUAUUGUUGAAGGAGGAGAGUGAAGUUCCUUUAUCGGAUAUAAUGUUAGGGUCUGUUAGAAUUCAAGCAUUGGUCUUUGAGCUAGUUAGCCAGGGCAUUUCUCUGUUCAGCCACUAGAGGCUUUAGAGCUCAGUGCUACUAAUUUUCCAUGUAAGCUGUUGUUACCUCCUCUGACUUCACAGUCUCCACCUCCAUUUGUGCUAUGACACUAAGUUAUGUUUCAUGCAUGUUCCCAGAGUUUUGCAGCAUCACCUCUAAAGUCUAUGAACUUUGAAUCACAUCCUAUCUUUUCAUCUUCACUAUACAAUGGAAAAGGAACACUUUUCUGUUUUCCUUCUGAAGGGAUAUCACUUUUGUACAGUUACAGGAACUGACCAGCAGGUGUCACUAUUGUUACAAACCCCUGCAGGCCCUUCCCCCAAUCCACCAGUCUCCCUCCCCCCCCCCGUGCUUCAGGUAAGUUUGAUUUAGGCACGCUUGGGGAGGGGGUCAGACGGGUGGAGGAGCCCUGCUGAGUGGGGAGUUGUGUGAAGGUAGCGGGGGCCAUUGAGGGGGUGCAGGGGCCCCUGAGGCAGAAGCCCUGGUGGGCCCUGCACCCCCCACUCUGACCCUGAUUCAAGUUGCUUUUUUUCUCAAUUCGAGAAAAAAGGUUAAUGCAAAUAUACAGAAGAAUGUUCUUCAGAAUUGCAAAUAGUCGUGAUCGAUCAUAGAAAAAACACGUGAACUGCCCAGAAAAAAACUCGGGAAAUUAAAGCUGGGGAGUUUCUCUAGCAGUCAAUGGGAAUGGUCUCAAAUAUGUUUAUUUACUUAUUUAUUUCCCAGUAUAUUAAAAUGGUUGAAAAUUUUCAAUUGUAAAAAUGCAAUUAAACCGAUAAAAAUAAAACUCAAUUUUAUUCAUAUGUUUUGAAUACUGAUAUAAAUGAUUGAUUUGAUUACAAGUAAAACAUUUACAACAAUGAAAUUUGCCUAGUGACAUUGUAGAUAAAGUUUGAAAACUUUGUUUAAUUUAAACCCAUUCCCUUAAACGUUAUUUACUAACUAAAGCAAAGAGCAAAAAAAUCAAUGUAAGGACAGAUUUACUAAACUCUUAAUUUUAGUACCUGUACAUUUACUAAACUUCAGCUUACACUCUUCACUGUCAAGCAAGUAUAUAAUAAAUUGCCAAAUAUUUCAGUACAGAUCAAGGUGUUUUGGAAAAUUUACUAAGCAAUUAUGAUUGUUUCUUACUUCAAGAUAAAUUCGAGAUUUACAACUGGGUUUUCACCAGAACUCGAUUUUUUAAUUAUUAUUUC